CCAUUAGGCAAUGGGGUCUCUAUAUCAGCCAAGAAGUCUCCUCUCCCUCGAUAAAUUUGCAGAGAAACCUUUGAUCUUGCUUCGACGAGCCAUGGCCGAGGAGAAGCACCACCACCACCUGUUCCACCGCCACAAGGAGGAGGAGGAGGAGAACUCCGGGGAGGUCGACUACGAGAAGAAGGAGAAGCACCACAAGCACAUGGAGCAGCUCGGGGAGCUCGGCGCCAUUGCCACCGGGGCAUAUGCUCUGCAUGAGAAGCACAAGGCCAAGAAGGACCCCGAGAACGCGCACGGCCACCGGAUCAAGGAGGAGGUGGCCGCCGUCGCCGCCGUGGGCUCCGCCGGGUUCGCCUUCCACAAGCACCACGAGAAGAAGGACGCCAAGAAGCAUGGCCAGAACUGAAUGCAUCGCGUGUCUGCCUGAACCAUCGCUGCUUAAUUUGUUCUUUCAACUCGUGUGCGACAGGUUCUGAUUUGGACUGAUCCAUACCUAGGAAUUCUGGAUCGUAGGUGUUUGUAUCAAGACCAAAUCAAAGCUUGAAUAAGUGUGUGCAUACUGCGCACUUGUUUGUGUACUGGAUCAUAUUUAUUCUUUCUUUGUUGAAA